CAGUCGUGAUGCGUGUGAGACGUGGCCUACGUGCUUAGGUAACCCCACACUUUCUGUCCAUCAACACAACAUGCUCCGAAGCAGGACCAAUACAACGCAGUACAAAGAAAGCUAGAGAACAUAUAAAGCAUUUAUAUAUUGGUCAACGGUUAACGGACGGUUAUCUACCGGAAUCCUUCUUGUUUGGGCCCUCGUCUUCAGCGUCCUCGGCGUAUUCUUCCACCAGGUCUCCCACAUUAAACUCGAGGGCUUUGCCGUUCACAAUGAUGGGCUUCACUUCCAGCAAGAAUGCGUACAGGCUUCACGUUGGAGGUGUUCCGCCACUUUUUCAUGGCACCACGAUUGAUAGAUCUAUCUCCGGGGCGAAGAAUCCGCUUCUCGCCACUUCUCAAGCUCAGCUCAAUUUCACCUUCGCAGACCGUCCCGAUGCUAAGAGUCAAGGCACGAUGCAUGCCGGACGCGGCGCCAGGGGUAAAUUCGAUCAUUCGCGCGACACAUCCCUCGGGAAUAUCAAUAGAGGGUUACACAGAUGCAGAGAAGAUGGAUCAGCCCACAGGAUACAGAUACCUAUAAAACACUUAGGAAGCUUUAGACCAACGGUCUAUUUAGGAAACUCGGUCGAGGAGCACAUCAUGCAGCGUGGCGACAUUGCCGUCCAACGGUACACUGCCCACAGGUGGAUUAACAUUACCGGAAACGGGUUCUUGGCUGCGUGCAUCCUGUUCGUCCUGCUUGAGGUCAAAGAUGUGCAUGUAUCCGGUGGAAGGAUAUCUCGGUGACCUUGGGAAGGACUAAGUUGGGUGGCCUGGUCAUAGUAAGUCCGAGAUCCUAAUGUCGGACCUUCAAGGCUACUCCGUCAAGACUGCUAAGUCAAAGGAGAAACGUAAAGCCGCAAACCGUACGAAGUAUGGGUCAAUAUGACCUCUACCCAUUGAACCACACAAGUCCUGGCUGUGGGGCAGGCAUCAGUCAUUUCUACCUAUAUAAGGCCCCUAUGGCCGCCCUUCACUUCUCUCAGGACUCUCCAGAGAUCAUGACACUUUCAAUACAAGACCAU